AAAAAGGCAAGGCCGGCGCCAAUACUGUAAUUCGUUGCCCACACUUCAUCAUCUGGAGCAAUAUCGGAGACUAGAUCUCCGGCGGAUCUGAACCAGGAACUGCCAUUUUCCGACGGGGAGAUGAGCGGCGCUCGCCUCUGCGGCUUGUUGUCCGAAUUGGGCUACGGAGGAGGUCCCGGUUCGUUGGACCCGGACAGCUUCGAAUGGCCCUUCCAGUACGACGACGUUCGCCCCAUUCUCGACUGGCUCUGCUCCAGCCUCCGCCCCUCCAAUGUCCUCUCUCCCUCCGAACUCUCUCAAUAUGAGCAGUUUCUACAAGAUGGGAAGCUUUUGGAGGGAGAAGAUUUGGACUUUGCUUUUGACAGUAUUUCAGCAUUUUCAGCCAGGAGAGACAACCAAGAGGCUGUUUUUGGAACUGAAGAAGGACUGAAAGAAAUUCGUGAUGCCACUGUAGCAGCAAAAGCUGAAGCUCUGGAGUUACAAAAGCAGCUUCGGCAUCUGCAAUUUCAGAAUGAUACGCUCACAGGGCAGGCUUCGUCAUUAAUUCAAGGGAGAAGAGCAAGAGUUGCUGCAACAUCCAAUGCCAAUGGACAACUAACUACCAUUGAUGAUAGCCUUUCAGCAAGAAAUUUAGAGAUGAAUGCAGUUCUUGGACGAUUAGCUUCCACUGCUGAGGAGUUGGCACAUUAUCAUUCAGGGGAUGAUGAUGGAAUCUACUUGACAUAUGCUGAUUUCCACUCAUACUUGCUUGCGGAUGCUGCCUGCAUGAAGGAACUAAAUCAAUGGUUUUCAAAGCAACUGGACACGGGCCCUUACAGAUUAGUGGCUGAGGAGGGGUCUAAAUGCUCAUGGGUUAGUCUCAAUGAGAUCUCAAAUGUCGUGGUUAGAGACUCUGAAAACACACAGCAUCAACGCCUUACUGAGUUGCAGCGGCUCCGGUCCAUAUUUGGGACAAGUGAAAGACAAUGGGUGGAAGCUCAAGUUGAGAAUGCUAAGCAGCAAGCCUUCCUCAUGACACUUAAAACUCAAGUAACAUCAGAUGAAGCACAUAUCCAUCUUGACCUUCAUUCUCUUAGGAGAAAGCAUGCUGAGCUGACUGGAGAACUAUCAACUUUGUAUCGCAAAGAAGAGAAGUUAUUAUCUGAGACAAUUCCUGAUCUUUGCUGGGAGCUUGCUCAGCUGCAGGACACAUAUAUUUUGCAAGGGGACUAUGAUUUAAAAGUCAUGCGUCAGGAAUUUUAUAUAAAUCGACAAAAAGGGUUCAUACAUCAUUUGAUGAAUCAGCUAUCUCGACAUCAAUUUUUGAAAUUAGCCUGUCAAAUGGAAAAGAAGACUAUGCUUGGUGCUUUUUCCUUGCUGAAGGUAGUCGAAUCAGAACUGCAAGGAUACCUGUCAGCAAGUGAUGGCAGAGUGGGUCGUUGCAUGGCACUGGUUCAAGCUGCCUCUGAUUUACCUGAACAAGGAGCUGUUGAUGACCGUGACACUUUUCUCCAUGGUGUUAGAGAUCUUCUGAGCAUCUAUUCAAAUGCUCAAGCUGGUUUGUCAACGUAUGUGUCUGUGCCUGGCAUUGUACAGCAAUUAUCCAACCUUCACUCGGAGCUGAUGACUCUGCAAUCUGACCUGGAAUAUACCCUUCCCGAGGACAGGAAUAGAUGUAUUAAUGAACUGUGUACCCUUGUUCAAAGUUUGCAGCAGUUAUUGUUUGCAUCAUCUACGACGGCUCAACCUAUAUUGACUCCCUGGACUCUAAUGAAGGAGCUGGAUGAGAUGGGAAAAAUUAAUGCAAAGCUCUCAGCUGCAGUUGAAGAUGUCACCCUCGAACACUGCAAGAAGAAUGAGAUCGUUAAACAUCAUUCACAAGAGAUUGCGGUUCAGAGGCGAGUAUUCGUUGAUUUCUUCUGCAACCCAGAACGUUUGAGGAACCAGGUCAAGGAACUGACUGCUCGAGUCAGGGCGUUGCAGGCGUCGUAAUUCAACGUACAGAAUACUCUUGUAUGUAUAUAAUAUCAUCAUCUCUUCUCUGAAGAAAAAUGAUGCAUUCAUUUCAUUUCUACCAAAAUGGAAGUGCUUGUAUUUCAGCUACAGAUAAUUAACAUUUGAUUUUGUGCUAGGCUUGGUUUUUAAUGUAAAACCGUUUGCUUCUUUUAA